AUGGAUCACUGCAAAGCCCGACUCCACACAUCGGCAAUUACGGACGAGGUUUUGUUCGCGACAAACAAUCAUACGCACGGGAGUGAUACUGCAGGAAUCGCCGUGGAAAAAAUAAAAAACCAAUUAAAAAAACGAGCUGUGGAAAGUGUUGAGACUCCAGCACAAUUAUUGUCUACGGCACUGGCAGGAACAUCGACUGCAGUUCAAGGGCAGAUACGUCCCGAUGCCAUGCGCAAAAUUGUGCAGCGUAAAAGGCGCAAUUUUCAACGUAUACCACCGUGUCCACUCGACCUUAAGUCUCUCGUUUUGCCGGAAUCAUACACGCAGUAUCGAAUAUCGGACGACGAAACAAUUUUAUUUCUUUUGGGCGAUACCGGAAAUAACGAUGAGAGUCGAAUUUUACUAUUCGGUCGAGAAGAUGCCAAAGAAUGGAGCCAUUUGAUGAAGAAAAUUUAUAUCGAUGGCACUUUCAAACUGGCCCCUCCAUUGUUUGAGCAAGUGUUCGUUAUCCUGGUCGAACGUGAAAGAUUUGUAUUUCCCGUUCUAUAUGCUCUUCUGCCCAAUAAAAGAGAAACGACGUAUUGUUCUCUCUUCCGUCUGAUUAAAACGGUUUGGCCUAAUUUCGAGCCGGAAAGUGUCUCGGUUGACUAUGAGAUGGCCAUCAUCAAUGCCGUUACGGAACACUUUCCAACUGCGGCAAUUCGGGGUUGCCUUUUUCACUUGGCGCAAAACAUAAAAAGAAAGCUGGGCAGAGAACACUUGCUGGCGCAAUACAAUCGUGAUGCUGAUUUUGCGCUGAAAGCGCGAAUGAUUGUAGCCCUCGCUUUUGUUCCGAUAGAUCACCUUGAAGAUGUGGUUCAGAGACUUUAUAGCCAAUUGCCCGAAUCUUUGCAAGCUGUAUUAGAGUGGUUUGAGGCUAACUACAUCGGUCGAAUCAAUCGGAACGCGAAUCGUUCUAACCCUCUGUUUUCCCCGCACGUGUGGUCCGUUCAUGAAAGAGUUCUGUCGGGUGAGAACAGGACGAACAAUUAUGCAGAAGCAGCACAUAGAGUGCUUCAGUCCGAAUUAGAUAUCUGCCACCCGUCGAUUUGGAAAUUUAUCGAUGGCCUCCGAGUGAUCCAAAAAAAAAGAGAUGCCCAUUAUGCGGCGUACCUUAAUGGAGUCCAGCCCCCUUACAAGCGACGGAAAUAUCAGGAAGCUGAUGCUCGAUUAGCCGAAAUUGUGCGCCAAUUUUCGAAGAGGACGACGUUCGAAUAUUUGACUGGCAUAGCCAAUAAUUUUUUGAUGCCUUAA